AUGAAGGUUCUGGACGUAGGAUGCGGUGUUGGAGGCCCAGCUCGGGAAAUCGCCAGAUUCACCGGGUGCUACAUAACUGGCUUGAAUCUGAACGAGUAUCAAGUACAAAGGGCGACUCGCUAUGCCGCUAGUGAGGGGAUGUCUGAUCAGCUGCAGUUUGUUCAAGGUGAUUUCAUGAAAAUGCCGUUUGAAGAUGAGACUUUCGACGCUGUCUACGCUAUCGAAGCGACCGUUCACGCACCAUCGUUAAAGGAUGUCUAUAGCCAGAUCUACCGUGUGCUCAAGCCUGGUGGUAUUUUCGGCGUCUAUGAAUGGGUGAUGACAGAGGAUUACGACAAUGACAAUCUCACUCAUCGGAAGAUCCGCCUCGAUAUUGAGCAAGGCGAUGGAAUCGCGAACAUGGUCAAGGCUUCGGUCGCCCUUGACGCAAUACGGGACGCUGGAUUUGAACUCCUCGAACAUGAAGACCUUGCUGAGAGAAACGACCCGAGCCCUUGGUAUUGGCCGCUUGAUGGAUCGAACUGGCGAUACGCGACCUCCAUUGGAGAUCUUUUAACGACAUUCCGCAUGACAAGAUGGGGGCGUUUGAUGAUGCACAACAUAUUUGGCGUCCUCGAAGCAAUUCGAUUAGCACCCCCGGGAACAAAGAAAACUGCCGACAGCAUGAGCAAAGCCGCGGAGGCACUGGUUCUGGGUGGCAAGGAUAAACUUUUUACACCAAUGUUCUUGAUGGUUGGACGAAAACCACUAUGA